AAAUGAGGUGCAGCGAUGUUGGUCGUGUAAUUUUGCGUUGGCACUUGUUAUUUUAAUCGGCACCGAUCAGAGAGAUACUUCAUGGCGGAGCAUUUUCGCAUUUGAUGUGGAUACAACCAAUUACGCAUGAGAUACUUGCAAAGAAAAAACAAAAAAACAAAACAAAACAAAACAAAAACGAUCUCUCGCGGGUGUUAAUGCUGGAGAAACGACACCUGGGGAGCGAGCCUUCUUGUUCUUCUUCUGCUGCUGCACACACACUCCGCCGCGCCAGUCAACUUUAUUUCCGCCUGUCUGUCAAACUAACUGUCAAACACGCGCGAGGGGUUGUGCUCCUGCUGCUCCGUCAUUCAGGAAGUCCGCACCAACUGACAGCACUUCGGCAAAGUCACACCGUCAUCUCCAGAGUCGGACUAAACCCCACUGAAGUGAGCACGCUUUUCAACAACGACGGCUUUUACUGAAGGUCCAGUAUCAUUCCAGUCAUGAGGAAAGUUGGCAAGACAUCAACUCUGGCCACAAAUUAAGGACAGAGAAAGGCAAAGAGGGAGGGAGAGGAGGGCUAGUCUGACAUCACCUUUACAUAUUCCCUACAGGUCAAGCUGGCCAAUGCCGGGCCCGUCGUGGACAUCUGGUGGCGGUAGCAGCAGCAGCAGCAGUAGUGUGUAUGUGAGCGUGGUGCCCGACGCCUAGCCCAUGUCCAGCCCAUAAUGCCGUCAUCCACACGGAAAGGGGUACCGAAAGACCCCGAGCUGGCCGACCUCUUCUUCAAAGAUGACCCAGAGGAUGUCUUCUGUGACCUGCACGAAAUCGGACAUGGCAGCUUUGGGGCCGUCUACUUUGCACGCAACUCCUACUCCAACGAGGUGGUGGCCAUCAAAAAGAUGUCAUAUAAUGGCAAGCAGACUACCGAAAAGUGGCAGGACAUCAUUAAGGAGGUCAAGUUUUUGGGACAGCUGCGACACCCAAACACGAUUGAGUACAAAGGCUGCUACUUGAAAGACAACACUGCCUGGCUGGUGAUGGAGUACUGCCUGGGCUCCGCAUCAGAUUUACUAGAGGUUCAUAAGAAACCACUCCAAGAGAUGGAAAUUGCUGCCAUUACCCACGGUGCCUUGCUAGGACUGGCUUACCUACAUUCCCAUAAUAUGAUUCACAGAGAUGUGAAAGCUGGUAACAUCCUGCUGACUGAGCUAGGUCAGGUCAAACUGGCCGACUUUGGCUCUGCCUCCAUUGCCUCACCUGCCAACUCCUUUGUGGGAACACCUUACUGGAUGGCCCCAGAGGUGAUCCUAGCCAUGGACGAGGGUCAGUACGAGGGGAAAGUGGACAUCUGGUCCCUUGGGAUCACCUGUAUUGAACUUGCGGAGCGCAAACCGCCCUUGUUCAACAUGAAUGCCAUGAGUGCCUUAUAUCACAUCGCACAGAACGACUCUCCCACGCUACAGUCCAAUGAGUGGUCUGACCCCUUCCGGAGCUUUGUCGACUACUGCCUACUGAAAAUUCCUCAGGACAGACCCUCGUCAGGGGAGCUGCUACGACAUGAUUUUGUGCGUCGGGAACGCUCGCCGCGCAUUCUCAUUGACCUCAUCCAGAGGACCAAGGAUGCUGUGCGCGAGCUGGACAAUCUGCAGUACCGCAAGAUGAAGAAGAUCCUCUACCAGGAGAAACACAACGGGCCCAUGGGAGAGAGCCAGGAAGAGGAGGAGGACAGUGAGGCAGCCAGCUGUAAGAUGAACAGCCUGGGCAGCAACCACUCCAUCCCCAGCACGUCGGUCAGCACGGGCAGCCAGAGCAGCAGCGUGAACAGCAUGCAAGAGGUGCUGGACGACAGCUGCUCCGACAUGACCAUGAUGCACCCCCAGGACUAUAGCAGCACCCUGGAAUCCUCCCCGCACACAAAGAAGGACCAUCAGUACAACUGGGACGAUGGGAUCCACAGGGACCACCGGUCAGGACUGAGGCCAGCCUCCUCCGACAAGAGCAGCCAGGCCCAAAACUACAAGAACCAGGGCCGCUUUGCCACUAUAAAAUCAGCCUCACUGGUGACCAAGCAGAUCCACGAGCAUGAGCAGGAGAGCGAGCUGCGGGAGCAGAUGUCGGGCUACAAGCGCAUGCGGCGGCAGCACCAAAAGCAGCUGAUCGCCCUGGAGAACAAGCUGAAGGCCGAGAUGGACGAGCACCGGCUCAAGCUGCAGAAGGAGGUGGAGACACAGGCCAACAACGCCUACAUCGAGCUGGAGAAGUUGGCGAAACGCCACACCGUGCACACUGAGAAGGAGAUGAAGACGGCAUUGACGGAUGAGAAGAAGUUCCAGCAGCAGAUCGUGGCCCAGCAGAAGAAGGAGCUGACCACCUUUCUGGAUAAUCAAAAGAAGCAGUACAAACUCUGCAAGGAGAAGAUUAAGGAGGAGAUGAACGAGGACCAUAGCACACCCAAGAAGGAGAAGCAGGAGCGUCUGUCCAAGCACAAGGAGAACAUGCAGCAUUCCCAGGCUGAGGAGGAGGCCCACCUCCUGGCCCAGCAGAGGGUAUUCUACGACAGGAACUGCCGCGCCUUCAAGCGCAAAGUAAUGAUUAAGAGGCACGACUUGGAACAGGAACAGAUCCGAGAGGAGCUGAACAAAAAGAAGACCCAGAAAGAGAUGGAGCACGCCAUGCUGAUCCGCCAUGACGAGUCCAUGCAGGAACUGGAGCACAGGCAGCUGAAGACCCUGCAGAAACUGCGGAUGGACCUGAUCCGCUUGCAGCACCAGACGGAGCUGGAGAACCAGAUCGAGUACAACAACCGACGCGAGCGUGAACUCCACCGUAAGCACGUGCUGGAGCUCCGGCAGCAGCCCAAGAACCUCAAAGCUUUGGAGAUGCAGAUCAAGAAGCAGUUCCAGGACACGUGUAAGGUGCAGACCAAACAGUACAAGGCCUUGCGCCACCACCAGAUGGAAGUUACACCCAAGUCCGAGCACAAGACGGUGCUCAAGGCACUGAAGGAUGAGCAGACACGCAAGCUGGCCAUCCUGGCUGAGCAAUACGAGCAGAGCAUCAACGAGAUGAUGGCCUCGCAGGCGCUGCGUCUGGACGAGGCCCAGGAAGCUGAGUGCCAGGCCCUGAGGCAGCAGCUGCAGCAGGAGAUGGAGCUGCUCAAUGCCUACCAGAGCAAGAUCAAGAUGCAGACCGAGGCGCAGCACGAUCGCGAGCUGCAGAAGCUGGAGCAGAAGGUGUCACUGCGCCGGGCUCACCUGGAACAAAAGAUUGAAGAGGAGCUGGUUUCCCUUCAGAAGGAGCGAACCGACCGGAUCAAACACCUGCUGGAGCGCCAGGAGCGGGAGACCGACAGCUUCGACAUGGAGAGCAUGCGGCUGGGCUUCGGCAACCUGGGCACCUUGGACCUCCCCAAGGACGACUACAGAUGAGGGGUUGCCAUCGCCCCCACCGUCUCUCGUGGUCCACGGGCUCAGUACACCCCUCCUCUGUUUUUACCUGACCCGACCUGACAGUGCAGGUGUUCACUGCUGCUGAUGCCCUCACUCAAACACACACAGACGCAAAAAAAAAUAUAUAUAUAUAUGAUAAAACGGCCCCAGAAUCAGCUGUUUUCUGGGCCGGUCAGACAGAGUGGAUGGCAGGUUUUAGUGCCCCCAGACCCACCUAAACAUCCUCCCCCUCCUUGCCUCUCAUGGUGUCACAAGAUGACAAAAAAUAUGCUGGAUCACUUCCUGUAGUUGUCAUGUUUUUGUAAGAAUAAUGAUAACAUAGUCACAGUGAUUCUUGUUUCUUGUGCAAUGAUGACACUUUUGGUGUGACUAAAAGUGGGGGGACGAGAGAAGGAGGGAGAGAAAAAAUGAGGGUAGUUCGACGAGCGAAAUCGCUCCACAACCAUGUAUUUUUUUUUUUAGAGGUGAUACAUCUUCUUUGGUUAGUCUGUUUUUUCAGCCUCAAACGGUGCAAAAAAAAAAAUGUCUGAAAGCGAUAAAUCAAACAACCGAUCCUUCCACAGCCACACAAGUGCGCUGCUUCUUUCAACACUUUUUGGUAUUUAUUCAUCAAGACAUUUUUAUGACAAAUUUGAAUAAUUUGAUACUUUGAGAGACGAAUAUCACAAUGUACAUACAGGUACGCUUGUAAUAAAUGUGACUCCUUCGGGUGAACUUAAUUACUGUGGGGAGGGUGAAUCAUGAUACUCAAUAGGUGUAUCGUACUGAUUUCUCUGCACUGGCAGCCAAUGUGAAUAAUGAUACAUGUGACACAUGAACUCCAACUCUCAGCUAGCACAAAGGGCUUCAUGUGGGUAGGGGGCAGGGAGACUUGUACUUUGUGUAUAGAAGGAUUUAUGGAGAGCUUUUACUUAUUUUCGUAUUGUAUUUUAACUGUCACUCAAAUCAGAAAAGAAUUUUUAAAAGGCGCUUUUUUCUCCCCCCUCCUCAGAUAGUAUUUGAGUCAUCUUUCAAUGGGAUUUUCAUUUGAUUCUUUUUUUUUUUUUUUUUUUUGCUUUACACAACUCCCAGGCUGUGUAUUUUCUUAUCAACCAGACCAGUAUGAUGCUUUAUUAUUGCAUGCACUUUAAUUUUUUUUCCAGGUUAAAAAGAAAGCAUGAAUCUGUCAGAGCUUUUAAUUAUAUUUGUAAAUAAAGUGCUCAUCACACAAAC